AUGCCAUUCUAUAGAAAUAUUAACGUGUUAUGGUUGACCGCGGUGGUCACUUACAUGAUACAAACAAGAUCAUUUGAAAAUAUUGUUGGUAGAGAACAAUUAGUUGAUCAAAAAACACAACAAGUACAAAAGUCUCAGAGUGUUCCAAGACAAGGCUUUACAGUACAUUUAGCAAUCUUAUAUUUAUUAUCAUGGUAUCUAUUGAUUCCAUUUAGUAAAUUAAUUUGGUCUCAUAAUGAAACUGAAGAUACUAUUAAUAAUAAUAACAAUAAAAUUAAUGGUGUAAAUUCUGAUAUGGAUGAUGCUGAUGUGGAUCUUUCGGAACCUAUAGAAUUACCACAGCCUGCAUCGACAGACAAGAGUCUCUCUUCAAAUAUAAGGUAUUUUGUCAAAAUUCUUACAAUGUCCUGCUUUUUAGCCAUUACAGUGGUAACUUAUACUUUAGGGUUAGGUUUAUCUCCAUCAUUUGACAUUACUUUGAUUCAAAAUUGUGCUUUUUUUGAAAUGACUACUUUAUUAUAUGGUGUCUGUAGCGUUUCAAGAAAUAAGAAUGUCUUUAGAAAUUUUUUAAUUAUGAUGUUAGCUGUAAUUAGUAUAUUAAUUGUUUCUUAUACUAAUGCUACUUGUAAUUUAUUAGCAGGUAAGAUGUCUGUUAAUAAAGAGACUAAAGAAGUGAAUGAUCCGUGGUUAUUUGAUAGAUUAAAAGCUGGUUUAAUUACAGGUUUAGGUUCUUUAGCAAUUGGCCCAUUCGCUGUUUGGUGUAAUCAAUGGUUUGAAGAAUCACCAAGAGUUGAAAAAAUUAAAAUUAAUAAAAAAAAUUUAUUCUAUUUACCAACUUUUUCAAUUAUUUUAUUAUUACCUUUCUUAAAUUUAGGUAAUUUAGGUUUAAUUGUUGAAGAAUAUUUAUCACAACCUAAAUUUUGGUUAAAUUUAUUUGUUGGUAUAGUAUUCGGUGUAUUACCAAAUAUGAUUUCAAUUAUUAAAUUAAAUGCACAUUAUCCAAAUGAAUUUAUCACUACAUGUAAUCUAGGUGUUAUUAUAAUAACAGGUUUAUUUGAAUGGAUAUGUGAAUCUGGUCAAACUGUCAUUGUUAGAUGGGAAGUUAUCUCUUAUAUCUUUUUAACUUUAUGCACUAUCACCCUUUAUUUCAGUUUGCGUGGUAAUAUGGCAAAUUAG